CCCGAAAUGGGUUAUCAGUAUGGGUAGCUGCGCUAAUGGGGGUGGAUAUUAUCAUUACAGUUAUAGUGUUCUUAGGGGUGUGGAUCGAAUUGUUCCUGUUGAUGUUUAUAUUCCGGGUUGUCCGCCAACACCUGAGGCAUUCUUGUAUGGUAUUUUCCAGUUGCAGAAGAAGAUGAGGCACACCAAAGUUACACGGAUGUGGUAUCGGCGGUAGAAUUAUGUUCGUGGGAUAUAUGGGCACCUUGUAGGGUGAAGGGUAUAUGCAUGGAUCUGCAUUCCAUUUAUUUCUUAUUAUUCUGUGUGCGAUUAG